AUGAACCAGCUUGUGUUCAGGUCAACUGUCUUUCUGGUUUGUCUGACAAAACAUUACAGAUUGUCUGGCGUGAGUGCUGUACCACUGACAAGACUUUACAUAUUGUCUGGUGUGAGUGCUGUACCACUGACAAGACUUUACAGAUUGUCUGGUGUGAGUGCUGUACCACUGACAAGACUUUACAUAUUGUCUGGUGUGAGUGCUGUACCACUGACAAGACUUUACAGAUUGUCUGGUGUGAGUGCUGUACCACUGACAAGACUUUACAGAUUGUCUGGUGUGAGUGCUGUACCACUGACAAUACUUUACAGAUUGUCUGGUGUGAGUGCUGUACCACUGACAAGACUUUACAGAUUGUCUGGUGUGAGUGCUGUACCACUGACAAGACUUUACAGAUUGUCUGGUGUGAGUGCUGUACCACUGACAAGACUUUACAGAUUGUCUGGUGUGAGUGCUGAACCACUGACAAGACUUUACAUAUUGUCUGGUGUGAGUGCUGUACCACUGAUAAGACUUUACAGAUUGUCUGGUGUGAGUGCUGUACCACUGACAAGACUUUACAGAUUGUCUGGUGUGAGUGCUGUACCACUGACAAGACUUUACAGAUUGUCUGGUGUGAGUGCUGUACCACUGACAAGACUUUACAGAUUGUCUGGUGUGAGUGCUGUACCACUGACAAGACUUUACAGAUUGUCUGGUGUGAGUGCUGUACCACUGACAAGACUUUACAGAUUGUCUGGUGUGAGUGCUGUACCACUGACAAGACUUUACAGAUUGUCUGGUGUGAGUGCUGAACCACUGACAAGACUUUACAGAUUGUCUGGUGUGAGUGCUGUACCACUGACAAGACUUUACAGAUUGUCUGGUGUGAGUGCUGUACCACUGACAAGACUUUACAGAUUGUCUGGUGUGAGUGCUGAACCACUGACAAGACUUUACAUAUUGUCUGGUGUGAGCGCUGUACCACUGACAAGACUUUACAGAUUGUCUGGUGUGAGCGCUGUACCACUGACAAGACUUUACAGAUUGUCUGGUGUGAGUGCUGUACCACUGAUAAGACUUUACAGAUUGUCUGGUGUGAGUGCUGUACCACUGACAAGACUUUACAGAUUGUCUGGUGUGAGUGCUGUACCACUGAUAAGACUUUACAGAUUGUCUGGUGUGAGUGCUGUACCACUGACAAGACUUUACAGAUUGUCUGGUGUGAGUGCUGUACCACUGACAAGACUUUACAUAUUGUCUGGUGUGAGUGCUGUACCACUGACAAGACUUUACAUAUUGUCUGGUGUGAGUGCUGUACCACUGACAAGACUUUACAGAUUGUCUGGUGUGAGUGCUGUACCACUGACAAGACUUUACAGAUUGUCUGGUGUGAGUGCUGUACCACUGACAAGACUUUACAGAUUGUCUGGUGUGAGUGCUGUACCACUGACAAGACUUUACAGAUUGUCUGGUGUGAGUGCUGUACCACUGACAAGACUUUACAGAUUGUCUGGUGUGAGUGCUGUACCACUGACAAGACUUUACAGAUUGUCUGGUGUGAGUGCUGAACCACUGACAAUACUUUAUAGAUUGUCUGGUGUGAGUGCUGUACCACUGACAAGACUUUACAGAUUGUCUGGUGUGAGUGCUGUACCACUGACAAGACUUUACAGAUUGUCUGGUGUGAGUGCUGUACCACUGACAAGACUUUACAGAUUGUUUGGUGUGAGUGCUGUACCACUGACUUCUCAUGCUGAAUCUAAUGCUGUCUUACUAUGAGAGAAGUGUUACAAGAGAAGUGUUACAUUACUGCAACAGAAAAUAAAGAAUAUAUAUAUAUAUAUUUAUACAGUACCAGUCAAAAGUUUGGGCACACCUACUCAUUCCAGGCUUUUUCUUUAUUUUGACUAUUUAUACAUUGUAGCAUAAUAGUGAAGACAUCAAAACUAUGAAAUAACACAUAUGGAAUCAUGUCGUAAGCAAAAAGGUGUUAAACAAAUCAAAAUAUAUGUUAUAUUUUACAUUCUUCAGUGUAGCCACCCUUUGCCUUGAUGACAGCUUUGCACACUCUUGGCAUUCUUUCAACCAGCUUCAACUGGAAUGCUUUUCCAACAGUCUUGAAGGAGUUCCCACUUGUUGCUGAGCACUUGUUGGUUUGCUUUCCUUCACUCUGCGGUCCAUCUCGUCCCAAAACAUCUCAAUUGGGUUGAGGUCAGGUGAUUGUAGAGGCAAGGUCAUCUGAUGCAGCACUCCAUCACUCUCCUUCUUGGUCAAAUAGCCCUUACACAGCCUAGAGGUGUGUUUUGGGUCAUUUUCCUGUUAAAAAAACAAACGAUAGUCCCACUAAGCACAAAACAGAUGGGGUGGCGUAUCGCUGCAGAAUGCUGUGGUUGCCAUGCUGGUUGAGUGUGCCUUCAAUUCUAAAUAAAUCACCAACAGUGUCACCAGCAAAGCACCCCAUCACACCUCCUCCUCCAUGCUUCAUGGUGGGAACCACACAUGUGGAGAUCAGCAGUCUCCUCUGAACAGUUGAUGUUGAGAUGUGUCUGUUACUUGAAUUCUGUGGAGCAUUUAUUUGGGCUGCAAUUUCUGAGGCUGGUAACUAAUGAACUUAUCCUUUGCAGCAGAGGUAACUUUGGGUCUUCCUUUCCUGUGGCGGUCCUCAUGAGAGACAGUUUCGUCAUAGCUCUUGACGGUUUCUGAAACUACACUUGAAGAAAUUUUCAAAGUUCUUGAAAUGUUUCCAAAUUAACUGACCUUCAUGUCUUAAAAGUAUUGAUAGACCAUUGUUUAUCUUUGCUUAUCUGAGCUGUUCUUGCCAUAAUAUAGACUUGGUAUUUUACCAAAUUGGGCUAUUUUCUGUAUACCACCCCCUAUCUUGUCACAACAAUGCAUUAAGAAGGAAAACAUUUCCACAAAUUAACUUUUAACAAGGCACACCUGUUAAUUGAAAUGCAUUCCAGGUGACAUGAUUCUGGUUGAGAGAAUGCUAUGAGUGUGCAAAGCUGUCAUCAAGGCAAAGAGUGGCUACUUUGAAGAAUGUGAAAUAUAAAAUAUAUUUUGAUUUGUUUAACACUUUUAUGGUUACUACAUGAUAUGUGUUAUGUGUCAUAUGUGUUAUUUCAUAGUUUUGAUGUCUUCACUAUUAUUAUACAAUGUAGAAAAUAGUAAAAAAUCAAGAAAAACCCUUGAAUGAGUAGCUGUGUCCAAACUUUUGACUGAUACUGUAUAUUGUCCAGAUUAUUUAUAUUUCGUGGGUGCCAGAGUUGCCCUCCGCUGGUGACCAGCAUUCUACCAUGUGAUCAUGUGAUCAUUAAACAUUGUCUCGUAAUGAUGACCUCGUGGUUUGGUUGGUUUUUCAUGUCAAGUGCAUUUUUGCAAUAAAUGCCUUUG